AUGGUACCAAAAAUAUUUCGAGAUUCUUUGCUUUUAGCGGGAGGUGUUCUUAUUUUGAUUACUGGCAUUCUUAUUGGUUCAACUUUCUUCGGAAUAAGAAAGGUACCAUAUGUUAUAUAUUCUUCAUUAUCAACAGCUCAGAAAUCAAACAACAAUUUACAAUUGACUGAGAAAAAAAAUGUUAAAUCAUUUUCUUUCGCAUAUAAUAAAACUCAUCUUUGGUCGAUGCGUCUUGCUGAUGACAAUUAUUAUCGUACAGCUCAUCUUUUACCAUGCCGUACUGUUGAAUAUACCAACGGUCCAAAUCGUGAAAUAAUGAAUACUUGUAAUCAAUCAAUUAUAGAUGAAUUUUCAAUAGAAGCAACCCUACAUGCGCAACAAUGGCUUUAUGAACAUCAGCAUCCAAUCGAUUGUAGAAAUAAAAAAUUUGCAAUAAUACAUUCAUUUGCUUGGUCUGGUAUUGGUUCGACUUUACAUCAAAUUGUAUGGGCAUUUGGUAAAGCAUUAGCUGAAGAUAGAAUUGCCAUUUAUGAAACACCGGGAGAUUGGUUACAUAGUAGUUGUAUAUUGGGUACACCUGAUUGUGUUUUUCGUCCAAUUAGUAAUUGUUCUAUCCCUUCCACAGUUGGUGAUAAUCGAACAAUUCGUAUUCCAGCUAAUAUUGACCAUUGGUUCGAACCUACACAUCCACCUGUUUGUCAAAAUCGAUCUUUCAAUUGGUAUCGUUCACAAUUGUUAUUCUAUUUAAUGCGAUAUAAUUCUGAAACACUAACUCAUGUACAACGCAUAGUUGCCAGGUAUUUUAAUCCACCAUCAGUUGAUCUUCAUCGUCCAUAUAUUGCUGUUUUUGUACGUCGAUCGGAUAAAGUAACCGGUCGAGAAAUGUCACAGUCUUAUUCUCUUCAACAAUAUUUUGAUUUAUUCGAUGCUGAUGCUCGUCAAGCUAAAAUAACAAAUGUCUAUAUUAAUUCAGAAGAUCAAAAAGUAUUUAGUGAAUUUGAUCAAAUAAACAAAAAUAAAACCGGAUAUUACAAAUUAUUAAGCAUUAAUGUUACAAGAGAUGUUACUUUUCGGUCAUUACUUGGCAUGCCAGUGAAGCAGCACUCUAAAAUUAUAUUAGAAUUUCUGACUGAUCUUUAUAUUGAAGCUAAUGCCGAUCUACACGCUGGCACACUUACGUCAAAUUGGUGUCGAAUGGUUGAUGAAAUAAGAUUUGUUCUAGGCAAAAUAAUAACAUUCUAUACACCUGAGAAGAGAUAUAUAAUAGAUGUGUAA